AUGGUCAGUGGGACACUAGCCGGCUGCCUGCUGCUGGCCGUGGCCAUCGUCUGCGCCGAGGAGAAUCACUCGACUCGUGGAACACCUCUGGUGACGUCACCGCUCAAGCUCACCACAGAGGCGUAUCCGCGGUACGAGAAGGUGCCGACCACCAAGCUGCUGAAGAUCGACGAGGAUCAGGCGAGCACGGAGGCGCCGGUGAAUGAGGCCAGGAAAGUGCUACCGUCCGUGGGGAAUGAGCUGUGGGACGGCCUCCUUCGUGACUGCCUGCGGAAGCCCACCUUCAGCUGCUUCCAGAAGAACGUGUUUAACUACCUCGAUGGCGCCCUAGCUCUGGCCGAUGUGAAUGUCACCCAGAAUUUCGCCUUCCUGCGGAAUGGGGUCGACUACGAGCGCAUCAGCAAAGAGGCUAAUGACCAGGAGGGAAGUGAAAAUGAAAUAUCUGACACCGAUGAUGAGGAGGAGCCCCGAUUGGCAGAGUCGCCAAUCGAGGAAGUAACAAAUGCUCUGUACGGCAAAGGAGUGAAAUUCGUGAUGACUCACGAUCUGCAGCUGAAGAUGCCCGAAAUGUUCUUCGAUGGAGCCACACUGAAAAUUUCCCCACGAUCUUUUGAGGGAAAUGGUGCCCUCGUCAAAGUAGAGUUGGUUCCCCGAACGGACCUCGAGCCGAAAGACACCGGCCGGAUAUUCUUCAAGCACAUAAAAAAACACCUGAAAAACAAACUACUGCUCGCCUUCCUGGCUGUGGUGCUCAUCAUCAAGCUGAUCAAGAUCAAGAUCUUCUGGCUCCUGCCACUGAUCGUGGGCGUCACGACGGCCAAGAAGCUGAUCCUCAAGUUCCUGCUCUUCCUCUUCCCCGCCCUCGCGCAAAUCUUCAAGCUCUGCUCUUGGUAUCACCACAACUAUCACCAGACCAAAUUCCACCAUCAUCAGCACCACAUCAAUCAUCUCCACACGGUGAUUUAUCAUCACUCCUCCGGACCCGAACUUAUCUACACCAAACCGCCAAGUGGCCAUCCAGCGGAUUACAUCAACGGUGCAGGAGGACAUCAUCAGCACUACCAAUCUGACUGGGAGUUCACUGGGCCAGCUUUGGGAGCAGAGUACAUUAGUGAUAGAAAUUCACACGUUGGCACGUUCAAACCCAAGUUAGAUGAUGCAAAUGAGAUAAAUUCUUGGGGUCUUGGAUCCACAGUAACGCCAUCGCACAGUAGUCAAAGUCACCACACAAAUCCCCUUCUGCAAGAUCCAUCCAGGAAUUUCACACCAAGGAGUCCACUGAGUCCAGUGCAUCCGGCGCCGGUUUACGUCCCAAAACGAGGCCAUGCUGCAUCGAUGAUUGCGGCUCAGUACAAUCCCAGCGCCGCCGAUGUGCAAUUGAUUCGCGAGGCGCAGCGACAAGAAGCCCUUCGAAUUCAGGCGGAACAAAAACUCAUAGCUGAUCAGCAGAAAAUCCUCCGCCAUCAGCCAUUCGUCCAAGAUCCGCAGCAUCAGCAAAACCUAGUUCGCAAUGGAACACUGCUCGUGGACCCCUUCUAUGGACCUAUUUUGCAGCGCAUUGACAAGAUCUUCCUCCAAAUGGGCAUCACGGAUGAAAGCUGCAAGGAGAGACUCAUUUGCAGCAUGUACAAGAACCCCACGAGAUUCAGUCCGCACAGCAACUUCAUUUCAGCAGAGCUGAGCAGGGACACAACUGAACUCCAGAAGCCCACCUCAACCAAUGCUGCUGUCAUAAGAUUUUACAAAUACGUCCAAGCGGCCAGAGAUGGUCAGGAUCAAGGAGACUGUCUUCGACACUAUCCGCAAUGCGCCAUCAAUACAGAGCGAUAGGACUUCUGGACAGACCAUAAUUCGGCGAAUGAGGAACAAGAAAUUGCUUAGAAAUUCGUAUUGUAUAUAGAUACAUUAGGCCUUAGAUAAGGAUUUAGCUUUCAUACAAAUGAUUGUUCUAUUUAUUUUCUAUUUUGUAAAUAAUAAGGAUAAAUUAGCUUAGACACAAGUUGGGAGAAUCUAAGGGUGUCAUUCUUUAACAUACCCCCAAAGAUAUUUAUUUGUCGCAUAAGUUGCAUGGGAUACGAUUAUUUAUUAAACAUGGAUGGAUGGGAGUUUUCAUCAAUUUUGUAAAAUUGUUUGAUAGAGGGAUUCUAGUGCAUUAAAUAAGUUGUCACAGCAAAUGUCUGUGAGGUCAUUAAUCAAGCUAGAAGGUGAUUGAUUCAUUACUACCUACAUUAAUUUAUAAUGAGGGUUAUGAGGAUUACGAGUCAUUUUACGCAAUGGACGAAUCGUAGGAUAGUUUUCAUGGAAUCUAUAAGGUGAAUAAUUUUAAAAUUUAUCUCUAUUUAUUGA